GUGUGUGUGUGUGUGUGUGUGUGUGUGUGUGUGUAUUGAAUUGUGUUGUUGUGUUGUGCUGUGUUGUGUUGUGCUGCGGUGUGUGGUGGCGUAGACGUAACAGGUUUCUCUCCCUUGUUCCAGGGGAAGCAUGGCGUGCAGAUGACAGGAGGGGGCGUGAAGGCCGAUGGUGGUGAUGACUACAGGCGGACGGUGACGGCACCCGGGGGUCGUGGCCGCUACUACAUCCGCCCGGACUACCCCCACCACGACCCUCACCCGCCCCGCCAUGACUACCCGCCCCGGGACUACCUGCCGGAGAAGCUGGAGGACCUGUACCCGCGGCACAAGGAAGACUUCUACAGCCACCGGCCCAAGGAGCGCGAUGACCUGGCUGCCGGCUACGGCCCGCCCACCCCCGACGAGCCCUUCACCCGCACGCCCUCCGCCCGCGGCCCCAGGCUGCAGCAGGACCGCUUCCCCAGGAUGUCUGACUAUCCCCCGCCGCCGCCCACCCCCGAGGCGCGCGCCACCUAUGGCGUGGGCGGCGGAGAACGGAUGUCGCGCCUGAUGGAGCUGUACAACACCUUGGACGGGCGGGGCGGGGCCGGCGGGGCGGGCGGGGUGGGUGGCGCGGCCGGCGGCGGCGGGGCCGGAAGUGCGGCGGUGGGCGUAGGAGCCGUGGGCGUGGGCGCCGGGUCCCGCUCCCACCACGACCUGUACGGCUCCCUGGACGGCCGCACCUCCAGGCUCUCCGACAUCUUCCCGACCAGCGAGGCCGCCAGACUGCGGCAGUCCACCGACUACCGACAGGCCGACGAAACCCGCUCCCUGUCGGGCCGCGAAGGCGUCCUGGAGAUGUGCCGCCGGCGGGAGCUGCCGCCCGCGCCCCCCGAGUACCGACUCCACGACUACCGACCGAGACACGACUUCCGGGGUCCGCCGAAGCCCCAGCCGCCGCACGACCAAGACGUGAUCGAGAACCCGAUGUACGACGUGGAGCGACGGGGCGCGCCGGGCCCCCCGCGCACCCCCGGCCCUGGCCCCCGCCCCUCCUCCGCCGCGCCCACCACGCCCACGCCCACAGCCCACCACCAGCACCACCCUCACCACCCAGCCCACCCGCCCCACGCCCACACCCCCGCCCACCAGCCCCAGCACGCCCACCACCACCAGGCCCUGCAGCAACAGAUGCAGCAGCAGCAGCAGCAGAUGCAACAGCAGCAGCAGCAGCUCCAGCAACAACAACAGCAACAGCAACAGCUGCACGCCGGACAGCCCCACCCGGUGGCCGCGCCCCACCUCCAGCCCCACCCUGGACCCACCCACCCUGGGCCCGUCCACGGCGGACCCACCCAUGUGGCCCCUGGCCACAGCGGCCCCGGCCGGCCCGAGGCCCCAGGCGACCGACCUGAGGGACGCUACACGGCCGUCAUCGCGCGCCAGGAGGACGCCCAUAGGUACGUGCCAUCCCCGAGCCAUGGGAGUUGUCACUGGAACCUCAGGUAA